GGGAACUUAUAGAUUAGUAUUUUUUUAGGAACUUAUAGAUUUAAAGGUAUACUUAUAGUUACAUAUGCAUGCAUUAAAGUUCCAAAACAUCAUAUUCAUGAAAAACAACAAGUCCAAAUGUACAAAAUUUUUUGCAAUUGUCAAAGUAACUAGAUAAGUAAAUAAAAAUAGGACCCAUGUAAGAAUCAAUAAAAACCUGACAAGUCUACUAUUUUGAAAAUUGUUGUAUCUGUAAUAUUAAAUCAUUAAUCUUCAUCAAUUAGAUGCCCCUAACCAAACAUGAAGCUUAAGACUAUAACUAUUCCCUCUUAUUUAAAGGUUACACUAAACAGGAAUGGACUUAACCUAACCUAACUUAACAUAGGAUGCAAGCAAUAAUAACCCACUGCACCUCUCUCUCUCUGUGAAAACUCCGAUUGAAUAAAAAUGGCAAUUGGGAAGAAGAAGUUGAUGUCAUCGGCGCCAUGGAGGGGCGAAGAGGAAGCCGCCGAAGAGUUCCAAGACGCGAAGCUCAAAGUCACAAAGCAGCAGCCUGGAGCCGAGUCAGUGAUGCACGUGCCUCGCAAGAAGAAAGGCAAGUCCAAACGCCACGACCAUGACGAUUACGAUGAUGAUUCCCUCGUCGAGAUUGACCCCCAGCUUCGCUACAGCUUUCAACGUAACUACCAGUUUCUUCAACGAGUAUUCAGCAUUGACACCAUUGUGAAACCUCUUCCGCCUGCCAUGGCCUACAAUGUUUCCCGCAACUUGAACUUCUUUACGCGAAUUUUCACUCAGUUCUUUGAUCCAGAAGGUAUAGCAAAUGCCCAAAAAUCAUUAGGGAUAGGACAAGAAGAGAAAGCUCGCCGCGUUCGUUGAAAAAGAGA